UCCCUCUUCUCUCUAUCUCUCAUUGUCUCAUCUCUAAUACGCUUUUCUUUCAAGUUGUAGAACUCAAAUAUCUUGGGAGGCCAGUCAUCAUCAGACUCUGGUUUCAGCACUGAUUUCCUCGGUGCAGCGUGCUUUUCUUUUUUCUUCCUUUGCAACAGGUCUGAGAGGUCAAUUCUUCCGGUUGCUAAGAAGCUCAUUCUCAUGCUUUCUCUCCAAUUCUUUACCCCCAACCUUGGGUUCUGUUUGAAAUCGUUUUAGGUCGUAUUCCCCUAUUCUGGUGGAACCGAAUCAACCUGAUCGUAUCAGAUCAAGAUGGUCCGAAAGCGCUACCAACCAGCCAAAACGGGGUUUGAAUUGCUCAAGUCCAUGGAUUACGACAAAUACUUGUCAAGAGUAGGACUUGGCAAAAGAGACUACCCGUUCUGGAAACAAAUUGGGAAGGGUCUACUAUCUGCUUACGUGCUUAUCGGUGCUUGUUGGUGGUACAACGAGACAUCGCCACUCGGUUGGUGGACACUAAAGCCUAAGCCCAAGGAAGAGAAAGAGUUGGCACAUUUGUAUGAGCGAAGAGAAUUUCCAUACCCGGGAGACAAAGAAGCCAUGGAAGAGUUCAUUGGCAAGGGCGGCAUGAUCGGCACAGCGAUUGGCCCCAAAGGGAUUCCUGAGUUGGAUAAAGAUGCUUAUAACUAUCACCAGGAGCUGCAAGACAAGAAGUUGCAGCAGGAAGCUCUGAAACUCUGGCUGAGAAUGAGGAAUGAGGUAGUUUCAGAGCUUCAAGAGAAGGGGUUUGACGUUGAGUGAUUGUUGUCUCUGACGACAUUCGUGUAGACCGUAGUAUGCAGAUGUGAGAGUGGAAGCUGCCGUAGGGGGGGGGAACUGGUGUCUGUGGGUUGUGUUCGCAUCAACACAAAUUUGACAGGACGCGAUCAGGCCUUGAUACGAACACGACACGAUUAAUAAACAUGUAACUUAAAACCAAACAUGAUAUGUUUUUUUUAUACGAGUAACAUGGCAUGACACGUGAACGCAUUUAAUAAAUGAGUCGUGACAU